AUGGCAGAAGAGUCAUAUAUGGAAGUGGAGGAGCCAGAGGAGACAUUGUAUGUCCGCAACUUGGAUGAUGUCAAGGGCAUAAUCAAACAUGCCAAAUUGGAUGAAAGGAAUCUAACGCAUAUAACACAGGCCAUUUACUAUCCAUCCGCUGAAAUUGUUAGCGACAAUCUAAAACUUCUCGAAUUGGAUGAUCACAUGAUCAAACAAAUCCACGAAGGACAAUCUUUAUACUUCAAAGGUGGUCACAAUGAGAAGGUGGUACUGUGUACCGAUGAAAAAACCUAUGAUGUAAAGGCAGCAGAAAUUUCCAAUAGCCUACUGUUGAUACCCGAUUUAAAAUUUGCCGCCGCCACCAGUACAUCACCAUUGAAAAGUCCACGUACCGCCAAUAAUACUUCCCUCGAACGCAGUCUAAACGAUAGUGCCGAUGACGAUUUGUUAAUGGAACGUACCUUGGAGCAGAGGAAAAUUCUAAAAAUAUUUCAUGAAUAUUUUGAAUGUCGUGAAAUACGACCGAAAUUUCGUAAAAUGGGUGAUCUACUACAAUUGACACGUUAUUCCGGCCCCGAACAUGAAGAGGCAAUAGAUCGUAAAUUGUUGUUUACAUUCAAUCAAUUAUUGGACACCAUACAAUGUAGUCGUAAGGAAUUUGUUGAGGGUCUAAAACAGUAUCGUGCCAUAGAAUUUGAAGGGUGGAUGCGUGUCCUAGAAUGUGAAUAUGAAUAUCGUAUUGUCAACUUGAUGGUGGGAUUGAUUGCAGAAAAUUCCUGGCCUCUUGAUGAGGUGGAACGUGAAGAGACCAUCAAUGCUUUGGAGGGUAUUGCCCCAAAACAAAUUGUUGAGGGCCUCUUUGAUGUCUACACUAUACCCACAGAGGGGAAGGAAAAUCGUUAUACUUAUAAGGAAGAUUUGGUGGCCCGAAUUGUGGCACAAAAUAUUUUACAACCAGGUUUGAAAUUUCGGGUGGAUGAGUUUUUAAGCACCUGGCAAGAGGCUGUGCCCGAGGGCAUGAAAUGUGAUGAAAAAUAUCUAAGAGGUUUGGGUAUAUUCGAUAAGGAAGGUGCGGUGCCUUGUAUACGCUCAUUGGCGGAAGAAAAUUUGCCCCUGAAUAUACAUGAUCGCAUGAGAAUGCUGUUUAAAACAAAACCGAAAUGGACUUUGGAUGAAAUUGAACCUUAUAUUGAAUGCUUCUCCACCCCCAUCCUUUCCGUUUCCCAAAUUAUGGCCAAAUAUGCCCGUUCAUUAAUGGAAAAUGGUGUUCGUUAUUAUGUUACUAAACAUUAA